UCUAGAGUUAGUACGUGUACUGCUGUACCAGCUGAAGCAUAACACUCCACACACUCUCUUCUGAGUUCAGCACAGAAAAGAAGUUGUUAUAAAGACUGGAGGUGUUAAAGAUAAACACUAGAAAAUACAGCAGUGGAGGCUGAACCACUGGAGAAGAGGUGGCAACACAGGCAAGAGAAAGGGGUGGAAAGCAAGGUAAAAUACCAGGAAAGGAAACGCUGAGAAACAAAACCAUAAGGAAGAAAAGCUGCAAACAGAGUUUCGGAAAAAGAUAAGAGCGGGAAAUAAUCCCGCUAAAGAAGAGAGGAGGAGGAAGCAGUAAUCUCUGUGCAGUGAUACUGAUGAUGAUUGUGGGAUGGCUGUUAGUGCUAGUACUGGUGACGCAGGCCGUGACGCAGGCCGUGACGCAGGCCGUGACGGAGUCAGUGACGGAAGCGGUGACGAAGGCGGCGACAGAGGCAGUGAUGGAAGCGGCGACGGAGGUGGUGACGGAAGCGGUGACGGAGACAGUGACGGAAGCGGCAACGAAGGCGGUGACGGAGGCAGAGAUGGAGGGAGUGACGGAGGCAGUGAUGGAGGUGACGAAGGCAGUGAUGGAGGUGACGAAGGCAGUGAUGGAGGUGACGGAGGAGGUGACGGAGGCAGUGAUGGAGGUGACGGAGACAGUGACGGAGGUUAGAGCACUACAACAGACGACACAAAGUGACCACGGCAUCUCACACUUCAACCAGCUCAUCAAGAACAAUUCUCGUCUUGUGUGUUUCUACAUCAAGUGCCAGACACCUGUGGCUGCUAGUGACUGCUCAUCAGGCACUGUCUACGUUGAAGGUGCCGCCCAGUUAGGUUGUUGUGGCAUGUGCGUCAGAUUCAGACAGUUGCAAGAGAGAUGCACAGGGUCAGUAGACCCGGUAUACGGUGGAGACUACGGUUUUUACCCUCCGGGUUCUAAACCCAUCAGUCACUUGACGGUAGAUGAUGUGGAGGAGAACGUGGUGGCCUCCUUCUGGUGUGACUUCAACUUGUACUGUGCGAUCGGCGGUGGCAGAUGCGGGAGGAACAAUUCCAUCAGUGGGUGUCUUCAUGUCCAGCAGAUGUAUGAUACCGCAGUUAGCGACCCGACUAAGUACGUUGCAUACAGAGAUGAUUACCGCUGGCGCCCUGAGUGUACCGCUGAUGGCUACUACACUGAGAAGCAGUGCAAGGGACUCUAUGAUGGAAAAAGGUGUGUGUGUGUUGAUCCCCUCGGUAACAGGAUCUAUGGAUCAGCCUUCCGGGAACAAGAGGAGCUCUUCAAGUCUAUGAAUUGCAAGUGUUCGCGGCGGGUGUGGGAGUUGACGCAAGCCGGGGCGUCGUCAGUCACUCUGCACUGUCAGGAGAAUGGUAACUAUGAAGCACUGCAGUGUGAGGACAGCUGGUGUUACUGUGUCAGCCCCGACACAGGCGUACCCUACGGUGCUAGACUUCCCGAGGCUACCAUGAACAUGCUCCAGUGCUACAACAGCACACUCAUCGGAGAGCAGUACCUGCGGCGAUGUGAGAGUAAAUACCAUGCACACAUGAAACUCAGCGACCUGUUGACCUUCAAGGGUGUGCGGGGUCCAGGUCUGCUCCAGAGAUGUGACCCAGACGGUUCCUUUGCCGGCAUUCAGGGCGACGCUACGACACCCUGCUACGACAAGUAUGAUAAUGUCAUCAAUGAACACAAACCCUCUGGUGGGGGCUGCCAAUGUGCUAGGGAUAUCCAACUGUUCAAGGACAACAACAUACUACUGGAUAUCCAAUGCCGGGUUAGCACUGGCAUCUACGAUACCAAACAGCAGAGAGAUGGCCUUGCUUUCUGUGUAGACGACGAUGGAAUUCGCUCCGGCCCUUUGGUGUUCGUACAGUACAUUGAGUAUCUCGGGUGUAACAGUUCUAUGAAGUGUCAGAACGGCAAUAAUGAUAUCUGUGACGGUGCCUGCUCGGGCUGCAGUAAUGAUGCCUACUACUACUACCAAGCAGAACAGACCUACUUCAAGUACAAAUAAUGACUGGCUUACUCCAGUACGAGUAGUGACUGAAGUACGCCAAGUAGGAACAGUGACUGAAGUACGCCAAGUAGGAACAGUGACUGAAGUACGCCAAGUAGGACCAGUGACUGAAGUACGCCAAGUAGGAACAGUGACUAGCCUACCUCAAGUACGAACAGUAACCAGCUUACCCCAAGUGACAUCUGACAUCUGCACCAAUCUCGUUCUUCCCUGAUCAUCGGUGAUGAAUUUCCCUCAUUCUUUUCCUGAGAGACUUACCAUGUUCAGUCCGCUGGACAAUUAAUCAGUCGUGGCGCCAUACUUCGGCAAUUUUUUUUUCCUCAAUACGUAGUUGAUUUAGAGAAUUGUUUUCUCUCUGCCAAUUUUUGUUACAAAGGAGAAUGUGGAAUGUAAUUUUUGCUUGUCAAACAGGAGUUUACGCAAUAUUGUUAGAAGAUAACUGGCUAACUAGUAUAAAUGAGAACUAUCAGAUACAUUUCACAUCAUGAAAAAAAAAAAAGCCCACAAGGGCAGAUCCAAGUCUUACACAGGAGAGACCAUGACCAAUGUCUUUUAAUAUUCUUUUUUAGUUUUUAUCCCAUACUGUGUAAUGUACAUUAACUAUAUGUAAUAAUUGUAAAAUAUGAAAUAACAUUUCUUUCUAGUGAUGUAACAGUGCUCAGUGGGUCUGACAAAGACCCAUUGUGACUGUGAGAAAUUGUGGGUGAAUUUAACAGGUACAAUCCUGAAUUAACAUUUCACACACACACCAUUCUUACAGUAUGCAUUACCUUUGUAACUUGUGAGUUCAUUACCUUUGUAACUUGUGAGUUCAUUACCUUUGUAACUUGUGAGUUCAUUACCUUGUACCUAGUUCAGCCAUCAAAACUUUGGAGCCCGGUCCCUGGACCCAUUGUGUACCUCUGUAAUCUGUAAAUACCUUUGUAACUUGUCAUGAUUGUGACUAGACCUACCUGGAGUUCAUUACCUUUGUAAAUUGUGAGUUCAUUACCUUUGUAAAUUGUGAGUUCAUUACCUCUGUAACUUGCUCAGCUAUCAAAACUUUGAGGCCCAGUCCCUGGACCCAUUAUGUACCUCUGUAAUCUUUUGACUACCGCCCACUGGAUGGGUAUGGGGUGCAUAAUAAACAUAUUAAACUUAAACUAACCUGGGGAGAACUCUGCCACAUCGAAACAGAUUGUACUUAGUGGUACUAGUUGUACCUCGGAGACAGGUGGGACUAACAACAAAGGGUCACAUCACUGUCCCUCCCUCCAUGUUCACCUCACCUCCCAAAACUCUCACUUCUGGGCCUUAAAUUAU